AUGGCUCUGGGCUUGCACUUGGACAUGCGACUACAGCGCGUAGCUGACGUGGGAUCCUAUGCUGCACUGUUGACGGCGUGCCGCAGCGGCACCGCCUGGCAGACAUCUUUGGUGCUGUUGAAAGAAGCUUACUCUGUGCAACUGCAACCCGACUCCGAUACCACCUGCUCCAGUGCAGUGAUUUCAGCGUUGACUCGGGCAACACAGGUAUCCAAAGCCUUGAUGGCACGGCAUCUGGCAUCGGAGACCCCGAACUUCAAUGCACUCAUCAUGUCACUGCGCCAUGUUCAAGCAUCCUGGGUGCACGCCUUCCAUGUUUUGGAGGACAUGAAGAGGCGACAAAUUUCCAGCGACAUGGGCACGCUAAAGGCGGCUUUGAGCAUCUGUGGCAAGCACAAACCCGAGCUGGUUCCGGAGAUAUCCAGACAGCUCCAGAUCCAGCCCGACAUACUUGCAGUGAACAUGAUCGUGGGCUCCAUGGAGAAGUGCCACAGCUGGCAAGCAGCCUUGCGCGAGCUUCGGCUCGUCGGCCAGAUGAGAUUAAGGGCAGACUUGACCACCUACAAUACCGUGAUCAGUGCGUGCAGCAAGGCCUCGAGGUGGUCCUGGGCACUGCAUUUGGUGGAUGUGAUGGCCUCGUCAGCUUUGGAGCCAGAUGAGAUCACGUCGGGCAGCCUCAUCACCGCUUGCUCCUCGCAGGGCCGCUGGCUGCUUGCAUUGCAGCUGCUCCAUCUCCACUCCCUAAGACAUGGAAGACCCAAUCUGAUCGCAGCUCAUUCCGCAAUCACAGCAUGUGAGAAGGCGGGAAGAUGGAUGUGGUCGCUGCACUUGUUCAGCGAUGCUUUGUCGAGCAGACUCACACCGGACCUCAGCCUACUUGGAGCGGUCCUGUCCAGCUUUGAGAAAGGACAACAGUGGGCACGAGCCUUGCAGCUCUUGAGCCAGAUCAUCCAGGAAGGUUUCUCUCCAGACAUUGCUCUCAUUACGUCAGCAAUCAGCGCCUGUGCUAAAGCGCAUUGCUGGGAGAUGACGCUCCUCCUCACCUAUGAGUAUCCAGGGUGUGGCUGCUCGUUCCCUGCAGCGAUCUCGGCUCAAGAUCCGAGACACCCUGAUCCAAUGAGCCAUGAUUGUCAUCAGGAGUGCCAAGGUGAUGGCAAUGAGGACGAAGAGAGUCUGACAGCGGAGCUGGGCCCAAGCCGCCUGGUGGGUGGCUUGAUUUUACGCGGAAACAAGUGUGUGCUGAUCCGGUCCCUUUCUGGAGAGUGGGAGGGCAUGCGACUGCCUUGGGGCGCUUCAAACAUCGAGCCUGGCGCACGAGCCGCGGUCCAGAUCGUAUCCGAGCUGUGCGAGAUCGAGGAGGAAGAGGUGACAACUCUGGAGAUUGCACCCGUCACUAUUGCUGUCCCUGACAUGCCAAUUCUGCUGCACGCGCUGUACGCCGCGAAUCCCCCACCGGCUGGUUCCGCAGCCGAUUCUGAUGGUGAAGAUCCAGAGGAUGUGUAUGACUGGUACACAUUUCCACGGGCGAUGAGUGCACUGGCAAAGGAUCCCUAUGCCCGCGCUGCAUUGGCCACCAUGGCAUUCGCUCUGGCAGCCGGGACGCUUGGAGGCUUGGUACCAAAAAAGUGGGGCGGCAUCUUUGGCCAGGAGUGGGUGACGCCAGCCUUGCAGCUGCUUCCUGGCCCAGGCUUGGAGCUCGAAGCCGAAGCCGCUUCCGACGCUGCGGGCAGCUCUGGGACAGCAGGUGCAGCGAGCCGCAAGCGAAAGAUGGACGACGAAGAGAAGCAAGCGAUGUCUCAGUGGAAUCUCGCGCCCAACGAGGCGACCGCGGGAGCGGCCCUAUCGUCCUUAGCACAAAGACACUCUUGGCAACUUGCAGAGUCCAUCUUGGAGAGGUUGCGUUGUCGGCACCUGCAACAGUGCAAGUCGAGCCUGGAGCCUGUGGCGGCCAUGCAGCGACGGUGCUAUGAAAGAGCUCUCAAGAGACCCACUCUCACCAGCCGACCCUGCGAAGGCGCACUGGUCACUCGAUACAUUGCGGAGGAUCUGGUCGAUCUGCGAGACCUGCCACCACAACUGGCACGCGCCGCAAUGCGCGAUGCUUUCGGCCAAGCUCUGUUCGCUGGUUCAGAACGCCAUUCCACGCGCGAAAUCAUGAGGCAGGCGGAGCAAGCCUUCUACGAAACGGCAGUGGCAACUGUGCAGGGCUUGGUAGAGCAACUCGGUCUGAAGGCUGAGGUCAGUGGAUGUGCCUACUUGGACCGCGACCCAGGAGCGACUUCCGAAAGCUGCAAUAAGCUGCAGAACGACAGGAAGCCACAUCCGGCUUUUGACGUGCCCGGUGAGGCAGAUCUGGUUGGCAGGAUUUGCGAGAUCCUGGCCUUCCACCCAAUCGAGGUCAACAACCUCUCUUCUAGAUUUGCUACAGUUUUCAACCAGGUUGUGCGCAACAGUGAGCACACGCCUUUUUCUCCAGAGAAGCGAAACGAUGGCAGCUUCAAGAAGUGGCUGCUGGCUUGUGGCUUCGAGGUUGGACCUCUUUUUGAUCGGAAUAAGUCUUUGGUCUACUUGCCGUCGCCGCGGCCGAAAUCCUCGCGUGGGGACAUCUCUCAACCAAGGCGGCGUUUCCACUGCGGUGUGGGAGGACAAGGAGGAGCCCGGGAAGGAUGCGACCGCCUUACUGGGAUCGCCUCCGUCGAGGAACAGAAGGCAAGCCUCAGCCGCCGGUGGGAGGUGAAGCGUCCCGAGGAUGCCCAGCCGCAGAACCAGCUGAGUAUGCUGAUGGCAGCGGCUUGCUUUUUGGCAGCACCGACGGUCUCUCCGGAAGCCUCGCCUCCAAAGUCGCAGGCCCGCAAUUUUCCGGACACGACACUGACGUCAGCGGAGCCCGAACCAGAGCGGUCGGAGUCGGUGCAGGAUGAUGUGUCCGAGCAGGACAGUGCACAUCCUGGACAUGACAUUGAACAGGAUGCAGACAUCGAUACGGAGCCGGAAGAGGCAAACCCGGAAGAAUCGGACUGUGAAAGCCAAGCAGCCUGGGUGGAGGUUCGGUCAGCAAUUGAAGAGCUAGACGAGGCAGACUUCGUCUUGGUUGGUGACACCAGUACCGGUUGGGAAGAGGCACAGGGCUCCACAGUCGGCAGCUGGACGCGAUUGCCGCCAGACCUUGGAUGCAGCAAAUCCGAGGCCGUUGACUUCGUUACAUACAACAACAACGAAAUCUUGGCGUCAGACAACACCGGAGCAUUGAUCGAUGUCUCCGGCAGCAGAGACACUCCAAGUCGCUUAAGCGACCGGAUCGUGACCAUCAGUGGGCAGGCCGAGCAGAAAGCCCGAGCUUGUUUGGGAAUCGUCCAAAAGCUCCGAAAGCUGCAGGAUCUUCUGGACAGCGAGAUUGGAUUCUUUGUCAUCAUUGUCCCAGCAACAGCUAUUCCUGUAAUUGUGGGAAUCAAAGGAGCAACCAUUGCCGAGGUGUUGGAAGGGACUGGAGUCGAGAUCAGCAUUGGCAAAGAGAAUGUUAUGGGUAUGCCAGAUACACCCAUAGGCUUGGAGGGGACUGCAGAACAGGUGACAACUGCAGUGGCAAACAUCCAUAAGGUUGUGCAGGACAUGGCCGAUCGCGGCAGACUCUUGCCUGCGGACUUCAAGUACCGGCCAGAGAAGGCAGCUGCUCAGCUGGCCGCGGGUGCUGGAGCCCACUUGCCCGAAGUCACGUUGCCGCCCAUCGACCACAAUCUCUUCUAUGGUAUGGACCCAACGCAGAACUUCCGCACGAAGGCUAAGAUCGUCGUUGACACGGGGCUGGCAGGAAGUGGUAUUGAGAUCAAGAAGGAAGACGGAGUGUACCGUACACCGCUCCUGAAGAAUCGUAUUCCGGAGCCGGAAAUUCAGGAGUGCGCGGCCAACAGCUCCAAUGCCCUUGCUGCUGCUCAUUGGGACGGGAGUCUGGUCUGCCGCCUUGCUGUUGACAUAGGUGGAACGUUCACUGAUGCGGUGCUGGAAGACGGCGAAGAGGUCACACAGCGGUAUCCGGUCAAGGUGCUGACAACUUCUCAACGCCCUGCAAAGGGCUUUGUGGAUGCUGCCCUCCGUGCUGUGAAAGCUGGACAGCGUUCGCCACAGCAAGUUCGAUUGGUUCUUCAUGGCACCACACUGGCGACAAAUGCCGUGCUGGAGCGAAGAGGUGCUAAGGCCGCCGUCAUCACUACGAAGGGCUUUAGGGAUACCCUGGAUAUCGGAAGGAGCGGGCGCUACGAUCGGUACAAGCUUAAUGCCAAAAAAGCGGAAACACUGAUACCUCGCUCUCUUUGCUUUGAAGUAUCCCAGCGGCACGCUGCUGACGGCACAGAGCUUGAGGCCUUGGACGAAGCUGAACUGGAAGCGCUGGCGCCGCAACUCCAAGCUCUUGGAGUCCAAAGCAUUGCGGUAUGCUUCUUGCAUAGCUACAUGAACACUACACACGAGGAAAGGGCAGUGGCUGUCUUGAGACCGUUGCUGCCAGACGUGUGGUUUUGCACCUCUAGUGCAGUCAGUCCUGAAAUUCGUGAGUAUGAGCGAUUCAGCACUGCUGCAGCGAAUGCUUACGUCCAACCAUUGAUGUCUCGCUACCUGAAGGAGGCCCAAGGCUUGCUGCUGGAAUGUGGCUUUGGGUGUCCGUUGCUGGUGAUGACCUCUGGCGGUGGACUGAUGGAUGCUGACACGGCAUCACUGUUUCCUGUUCGUCUCAUUGAAUCCGGGCCAGCUGGUGGUGCUGUUUUGGCAGAGCAGGUGGCUAGAGAGGCCAAGGCACAAGAAGUGCUAUCACUAGACAUGGGAGGUACCACAGCGAAGCUCUGUGCUAUCUCAAAAGGACGGGCCGCCGUGACCCGCGCAUUCGAAGUCGACCGAGCCCGGCUUUUCAUGAAACACUCCGGGCUACCGUUGCAAAUUCCAUGUGUUGAUCUCGUCGAAAUCAGUGGAGGUGGAGGCAGCAUCGCUUCUCGAGAUGUUGUGGCUAUGAGAGUUGGUCCACAGUCAGCAGGGUCUGACCCAGGCCCUGCUUGCUACAAUCGUGGUGGAGACCUCCCGACUGUUACGGAUGCCGACCUCGUUCUUGGAUAUUUGACGGCAGGUUCGCUUGCAGGUGGCGAGCUUGACCUGAAGCUCGAGGCAGCAGAAGCCGCUUUGCAGAGUCUGGCGAAGGAUGAGCCAACUGAGAGGCUGGCUCAGUUUGUGUUUGAGGCCGUAGAGGAUUCUUUGGCCACCGCCGCCCGUGCACAUGCUGCAGAACACGGGCUUGAGCUGCACAGGCACGUGCUUGUCGCUUAUGGUGGGGCCUCCCCGCUCCGGGCUGCAAAACUUGCUGAAAGGCUGAGGAUCAGAACCGUGCUGAUCCCUCCGGAUGCUAGCGUAGGCAGUGCAAUCGGCUUUUUCUCCGCUCCACUUGCCUUUGAGGCGCUCGAAAGUUGUGCGAUGAAGCUCUCUGCAUUUGACCACUCCAAAGUGAAUGCAAUUUUUCGUCAGCUUUGGCACAGAACAGUGUCAGUAGUUGCAGCUGGUGCUGCAAGGUGGAAGCCAGGAAGGCCACCCAAAGAACUGCGUCGGGCGUAUGCUCGCUACGUUGGGCAGGGCCAUGAGGUCGCGAUAACGCUUCCCAAUCAGGACAUGCAGGCUCAGGACGCACAGGUCCUGCGCCAAGAGUUUGAGGCAUCAUACAAGCUCCUUGGAUUUCUACCCCUGCCGGGUCGCGAGGUCGAAAUCUGUUCGUUUGCACUGGAGGUAGUGGCCGAUGCAGACCCGUUGGCCUGGCCCAGAGAGAGGCUUAAGGAGAAGCGUAAAGAGGCCGACGCCUCCAUGCUCCAUGAGCUGGACGCUGAGGCCCCCACAGCGAAGCCCAGUGGCAGCCGGGCGAUGUAUUGCAGCCAGCAAUGCAAGUACCGAAACGUGCCCACCUACUUUAGGAACGACCUUCAGGUCGGUGAGCGGGUUCCUGGGCCUGCCAUCAUUGUAGAGGCCUACACAACCACGGUCGUCACCGAGUCCUUCGAUUGCUUUGUCUUGGCCAACAAAUUCCUUCAACUAGAGAGUCGAGUAGACACUCUUGGAGUAUCUCACCGACUUCCCGAAAAAACGCAGCGAAGCGGAAUUGAGCUUGAGCUUGCUUGGACUCGUCUUCUCUCAGUUCUGGAGGAGCAGGCACAUUUCGCAGUCCGCGGAGCCUUCUCGCCGCUCUUUCGGGAGUCAUCUGCCGUGACCUGUGCUGUCUUUGACGCAAACAAUCGGCUUCUGGCCCACAGUCAGACUUCUUCGCCGAGUCUCCUCGGGCUCUUGAUGCAAGUUCUAGGUGACAGACGCAGUGAGCUUGAGCUGGGCUUGAAGAGUGAGAGCUCGUGGGUCGAGCUGGGGCAAGGAUGCCCUUCCACAAUCGUCGCGAUAACGCCAUUCGCAGCUCAGGGAUUUAUUGCUUCUGCAGCCCAUCUGGUAGGAGUUGCACAAGACUUUGCAACGGCAGUCACCACCCAUGAAGCCGAUGCACUUGAUGGGCAGCUGUUGGAGCCCAUGCUGGCGCAGGAAGCCUCUGUUUUGCUCGCGUGCAAUGCUUUGGGUAGAAAGCGCUUGCAGAACUUAUUUCAAGAGUGGGAGACGAGUUUGCUGCAACUGGGUGCCUACAUUGUGCAAGUCUCGCAGACGGCCGUGCUGAAGAAUCUGAGUCGAGUGCAUCAGGAGGACAAAUUAUCCUGCACUCGAGAGAUUCUGAUCCAAAAUGCACUUGCAUCUGAGACUGUCGCGCAGCGAGUGGAGUUGUCAGCUAGUGUUCUCCUGGCGUCGGACACAUUGGAGUGCAGGCUGACGGCCACGCAGAGGGCCCCGCCGACGGGAAGUGUUGCCGCAAAGGGGUCUUCGGCGACUAGCUGUAGGGCAUUUGCACAGUUCGCAUUUCUAAGCAUGUUCGGGCAGGGCGUGCCAGCCAACCACGGGUCCUUGAGCGUUUUCAGAGUAAGCAUUGCGGCCGGAUGUUUGCUGGACAUGCCGCGACAACAGCAGCAUCCGGACGCAUCUACACUUGCCUACUUCCUGCCAGAUUUGAUUUACGGAUGUUUCAGAGUAGCGCAAUGUGGAGAACACAUUUGCCCUCCUGCUGAAAGCUCUGCAAGCCUAUGCUGCUUGGAAUGGAGACAACCAGGUCAAAGCCCGGGCAUCCACAUCGAGGCGGGUGGAACAGGUGCACACAUGGAUCAAGAUGGUCUCAGUUCUACUAUCUUUCCGAGCGGCUUCAAAACCACACCGAUAGAAGUGAUGGAGCAGUCCGGAAUUCUCUUCAAACGCAAGAUGCUUAUACAGGAUUCUGGUGGUGCAGGGUGCUUUCGAGGCGGCUUGGGAGUACGGGUGGAGGUGUCUGGGCCUAGCUCAAUGUCUUUCAGGUGUACGCAGGCACAUGCUGGUGACGGGCCUGCGGGAAGGGAUGGUGGCCAGUCAGGCGCAAUGGUCUCUUCCAGGACAGGAUCCGGAACCACGGAAAAUACUUACGUCAUUGAGACCGCUGGAGGUGGCGGUUUUGGUCCUUCUGCGAAGCGCCCUCGAACAAAUCUUCUUCAUGAUGUGCACAACGGGUACAUCUCCUGUACCGCAGCUGCGUCGGAAUAUGGCUUGAGAGCUGAGGACUUGCCUGAGGAAGCAGCGGGCAAAAGAGACCCACACGAUUCAGGAUGGCUAAUCGGCAAAGGAGGCCGCACUAUCCGGGAGAUGCAGGAGAACAGUGGCGCCUUUCUUCACGUCAUACGCGAGGAUGAGCCGACUCCUUUGCUAAAGCCUGGGGAUCGGCUCAUCGAGGUGUGUGGGCGCCUGGAGCGUAAGCUGGAGGGAAUCCAGGUCGUGUUGCGCACUGCAGACAGCAUGCCCGGGAAUGCACCGCGAGAGACACGCAUCAUUGUGCCUGAAGUUCUUGCAGUGCCGCCAAUUAUGGAUCAGGUUGCUGCAGCAUACAGCAGUUGUGUCGUGGAGAGAGAGCCUGGUCCUUCAUGCGAUGGAGAAGCCAUGCUGCUGAUUGCCGGGCCCAUCAUCUCACGCAUCCAAGCGAUACAGGACUUUAUGUCCAAGACCGAUCGUGCACACAUCGAGGGCAUUGUUGUAGCCAAAAGCAUUGACGGCGAGAUUGUCGGCAAGGACGGUCGUGCGAGGCGAGAGAUCCGAGAGGGCUUGGGCUAUGCUCCCAUCAACCCUCCUCCACCGAGAGAGCCCAACCCGUGGCUGCUUCGGGACCCACAGUCACGAAGUGAGCCGGCGCAGCAGGAGGCUGACACAGGGAGCGCGCGGCCAUACACCGGGGCGGCGGAGCCCCUUCGAAGUAAUGGAGAUGUCAGGCCCUCGGAUCCAUGGCAAGUUGAAGAAGUGGUAGACAAGCGGGCGUUGGCCCGGACUGCCAUGGCCAAUGGGGAAAUCCAUGAUGAUAUCAAGAUGCAUCAGAGCCAUGGUCACCGCGGAGGGGCUUUUGAACGACCUGAACCGUCGGUGCCUGAGCGGCCUUACACGGACCUCCAGGCCGCAGGUGCCUGGGAGGAGUCGAACGACUGCUUCCUUCAGCCUCCAGACCGGAGAACUGAAGAAGGCAUGAACCAUGACAGACUGCGCAAAGGCUUCGACAUCGAUGAGGCUGUCAAAGCUGCAGUGACGUCUGCCGUUGAAGCCGCACCACAGGUCGAGGCCUUGCUCCAAAGUAGCUCCUCCAUGGGCCACUUGCGGGGUACACUUUCUGUCCUGCUGGCAUCUGACGUCCUCUUCUCCACGCUUGUUCCCGGUGGUCACAUGCAGGAUCUAGCACAGAAAUGCCAGGUUCACAUUGACAUAAUCUCGGAUGCCUCCAUCCCCUCUUCGAUGCGACAGGUCGUCUUGACCGGAUCAUUGGCCAACAACGCUGCAGCUGCCUACUGGCUACAGGUGGGCACUGCUCGCCACCUCGCGUCGAGCCGGUCGAGCCAAAGCAGUGGAAGGAGAGCCAUGAAGGGACUGGAGACGACGGACUGA